AAUAAGACCAUGUGUUAUUCAAAUGUGACAUGUGAGGGUGAGAAAAAAUAAAACACAGAAAUAAAAGGCAGAGAAAAGGUUAGAAAGAAAUGGUGGGAUGGGUGAAUGGUUGGAGCAAAUUAUUGCCAUUUGUGGGAAUGGUGGUGGCUAUGAUGGCUCAAAGUGGAAGCAAUGUGGUAAUCCAAGUUGCCAUGGCUGAUGGGAUCAACAAAUAUGUCAUGGUUGUUUACUCUAUGGCACUAUCCACCAUCUUGCUUCUUCCCUUUCUAUUCUUUCUCCACAGGUUCUCUUUCUUUCUUCCUUUUGAAGGAAAUAUAUAUAUAUACCUUGUUUCAAAGAACAAACAUAUUUGUAUAAUAUCCCUUUUUAUUAGCAGCUCAGAGCGUCCUCCUCUCACAUUCUCUGUACUUUGCUCCUUCUUUUUGCUUGCACUCUUUGGGAGUUUAGGACAGAUAAUGGCAUAUAUUGGCAUAGAUCUCAGCUCGGCUACUCUUGCCUCAGCCACGCUUAAUCUCAUUCCAGCUUUCACUUUCGUACUUGCUGUCAUUUUCAGGAUGGAAGUAGUACAUUGGACACAUUAUAGCAGUCAAGCUAAAGUGUUGGGAACAAUAGUAUCAAUUGCUGGAGCAUUUAUUAUGAUACUUUACAAGGGCCCAACCAUCUUGAAGACACAUUUGUCAGACUCUUCUAACAAACUUCAAUUUUCACCACAAUUAAACUGGAUCAUGGGAGGGAUCUUCUGUGUUGGCGAUUCUUUAGCGUCUUCCAUGUGGUACAUAUAUCAGGCUUCGGUUGUAAAGAAAUACCCUGCUGUAACAGUCAUAGUCUUCUUCCAAAUCUUAUUUUCAACCGUUCAGUGCACAGUAUUUGCCUUAAUUGCAGUCAGAGAUCCAAGAGAAUGGCGGGUGAAGUUGGAUAUGGAGUUGAUUGGUAUCGUAUAUCAGGCAAUAGGUGCAACAUUGAUACGUUACAUGCUGUGCACGUGGUGCGUCUUUAGAGCUGGACCUUUGUUUUGUGCAAUGUUCAAGCCUGUGGGAAUCAUCUUCACCGUUUUCAUGGGUGUAAUCUUUCUUGGGGAUGAUUUCGGCCUUGGAAGUUUGAUCGGUGCGGUUAUAAUCGUGGCAGGAUUUUACACUGUUCUGUGGGGAAAAUCGAGAGGAGAGAACAACAAUGAAAAUUUGGAGUCAUCGUGCCAUAAUGCUCCUUUAUUACAAAAUACGGCGUAACGGGGAGGUUCAAUAGUACUUGACAUGCGUGAGAGGCUUUUGUUGAUCCUCAAAGUGGUGAUCUAGAAUUGUUGGAGUUAAGGAUUUGUUGCAAGUAUGGAGUUUUCUGAGUUUUUGAGGAUUUGGUUUGUUUUUUGAGUUUCAAGUGCUUGGAACAAUUUGCAUGAUCUAUAUUCACAUAUUUUUGUUGUCAUGUUAUACACACCUUUAUAACAUCAAGUGUAGU